CAGAACCAGCUCCUCCAGUGCCAACCCAACCAGCAACCACUACACCCAGUACUACAACAGUCCAAUCAACAACAGUUCCUACAACCCAAGAAAUAACGACUGUAGACGUAUCAACUGUUCCUGAAACUACAACCGCUCCAACAACACCCUAUAGGUCAACCACACAGCCUACAGUUGCAACAACAUCGGCAACAAUAGAGACAACGCUCCUCCCAUCUACACAAUCUAGGACAACGGAAAUGCCUACAACCAGCUUCAGCCAGACUACAGCCGAUUCCACAACAGUCGACGUGCCAUCAACUCCUCUCGCUAUGUCGACAACGCCUGUGGUUGAAACGACAGAACCAACAACAACGACAGUGCCAACUCCAACAACUGCUGCAACUACAGCGACGUCAACAACGCCUAUGGUUGAAACAUCAGCAGGGACAACGGCGGUAACAACUCCAACAAUUGCUGCGACUACAGCAACAUCAACAACGCCAAUAGUUGAAACGUCAGGGUCAGCAACAACACCAACUCCAACAACUGCUGCAACUACAGCAACAUCAACAACGCCUAUGGUAGAAACGACAGAAACAACGACAGCACCAACAUCUGCUGCCACUACAGUGUCAUCAACAACGCCUAUGGUUGAAACAACAACAGUGACAUUACCAACUCCUACAACUGUUGCAACUGCAUUAACAACGCCAAUGGUUGAAGAAACAACGACAAUACCAGUACCAACUCCAACAUCUGUUGCAACUACAGCUGCAUCAACAACACCUGUGGCAGAAACGACAGAGACAGCAAAAACAACAGCACCAACACCUGUAGUAACAACACAAAUGGCGGAAACGUCGACAAAAGUAACGACUAUGAAAACGCCUCUCCACACAACGACAGCAGAGGCUUCCACGCCGAUGAAGACAAACACACCGCCUCCAGCUAAAACCACAAAACCCGAACUGGAGAAGACAACGGAAAGUCCCUCCAAGUACACUACAGCGGGUAAAGACGGUGACCAGGCGGAACAGUCAGGUGACGGUGGAGGAGGCGGUAACACCGCGGUGUUCGCUGCUGCAGGCGCCGCAGGGGGAGUAGCGGUCCUGGUCGGAGUGGGCGUUACUGUCUUCAUAUGUAGAAGGCGCAAUUUAAGGAAUUCUGAGGCUUGCAAUGUACCGAUGCAACGACUAGAUGCGAGCAACAACCACAACACAGAUUAUCCGGGUGCUGAUGUGGAGAAUGUUGAGGUGGAGAACCCCCUCUAUGGCGCAAUGGACGAGUUCAAUGCACUGGGCAUUGCGGUGACUGACAGCACUGCAUGACAAGUUUAUCAUAUCAUCGAUCAGUACCUCUGGGACAUUCAAACACCA